UCUCUGUUUGUAACCGCUUAUGCCGGGCCUGUCAAUCAACAGCUACUGCAGGUGCAUAAAGCUGGUCUCUGAGCUAGUAGACUGCUGCUGCUGGAGAGCUGAGGAUAAAACACACACUUCAUGAUGGCGUCUGCAAAUGCCACAUACGGACAGAAGGAGUCCACGGACCAGAACUUUGAUUACAUGUUUAAAAUCCUCAUCAUUGGCAACAGCAGCGUAGGAAAGACAUCCUUCCUUUUUCGCUAUGCAGACGACUCAUUCACGCCAGCCUUCGUCAGCACAGUGGGCAUCGACUUCAAGGUGAAGACCAUCUACAGGAACGACAAGAGGAUAAAGCUGCAGAUAUGGGACACUGCUGGCCAGGAGCGCUACAGGACGAUCACCACAGCUUACUACAGGGGAGCCAUGGGCUUCAUCCUCAUGUAUGACAUCACCAACGAGGAGUCCUUCAACGCCGUUCAGGACUGGUCGACCCAGAUCAAGACAUACUCCUGGGACAAUGCCCAGGUCCUCUUGGUGGGGAACAAGUGUGACAUGGACGAUGAACGAGUGGUGGCCUCAGAGAGGGGCCGGCAGCUGUCAGAACAGCUGGGUUUCGAGCACUUCGAAGCAAGCGCUAAAGAUAACAUAAACGUGAAGCAGACCUUCGAGCGGCUGGUGGACAUCAUCUGCGAGAGGAUGUCGGAGACUCUGGACAACAACGACCCGGCCGUCACCGGCAGUAAACAGGGGCCACAGCUCACCGAGCAGCCUCAGAGGUCCUCUCAGGAUUGUGCUUGCUAAGCAUGACCCCACACACACACACACACACACACACACACACACACACACACACACACACACACACACACAGCAGUCUGCUAUCCUAAAAUCCACACACCUUUUUAUAGGUUUUUUUUUUUUUUCUUUCUCAUACACACACAAACACUGCCAUACAGAGACACACACAACCUGGCUGCUUAGAUUCUCCACCCCUCUCACUACACCAUGUGAUAGUGCUAGCUUAGUCAGAGGGGUGAAGAACAUUUAACAGAGGUACAAUCCCAACUUGUCUUUCUUUCUUUCUUAUUUGCACACAUUUACACAAACACUGACACACACACAUACACACACACACUACUGUAUCUUAAUUAUAAAAAGGCCAGUGAAGCCUGAGACUCCAUCAUUCCUUGUUGACGUGUCUGCAAUUGGGUUUUACUAUAAAAGGUUGUGGAUCCUCCGAUCCCCUCUCAGCACCAACGCCUCAAACCUAACUGGAUACAAAUCAGUUGCAUUUGUUUUAUGUUUGUUGCUGUGGCUAGAGUUGCAGUUUUUUUUUUACGAUUUUGAGUUGGUCGAGUGUGGUUUGGAGCAUGUGAAAUCACCGCUCCUUCGCAGUGUUGCGAUUGAGUAUUACUGAUAGUUACGGUCCAAGUUUGACGUCCAAACGGGGUCAAUUUGAAAGUUUUUCUUUUUAAUUUUAGGAAUGAUUGUAAGAAUAGCAAAGGUCAUGCAUAUCAAGUUGUUGUUAUUAUUCAUUUUUGGCCCCUUUUCCCGAUUUUUUUAACUGUCAUUUAGCUUAAUUGGACGGCAGUGUCCGUCGCUUUGUUGGUCUCAGUGUAAGGAGCUGCAUCACCUCUGGAGGUUGAUCCAUUUUAGAUUCUUAGUCUUUUUACUUUUUUGUUACUAUUUUUUUAAGACCUAGGACAGACUUAAAGGAUAAGGGAUGUCUCUCACCACAUGGAGAAGAGUGUAUAAAUGUUUAAAAGUCAAUAGAUAUGCAAUUAAAUGUGCAUAUAUAAUAUAUAUAUAUACAUAUAUAAUGAUUUGGGAUGUUGGGUUCCUACCUGUGCUUUAGUGAGAGGUGCAUGUUGUUGAUGCUUUUAACCGAUUCCGGUUGACUGGAUGGUUAUUUGUAUGAGCUGAAUUUAAAACCCGUCCGUCCUACAGUUUCAGUACUUGGAGGAACCGAAUGGGGCUCAAGGUUUCACGUGUUAAGCCCACGAUCCCUUCUCAUUGUAUUUACUUUCAUUCACUGCAGACAACGGGCAACAUGAAAAUACAAAAGGCAUGUGAUUCAGUGUGAGCACUGGUAUGAUACCACAGACCUCUCCAUCAGCUUCAGGUAGUCUCUUAUGUCAUGGUAGAUGAUGUUUUCAUCUCUACUUUAUGGGGGAACAUGAGGUUUUUAAGCAUGUUAAAUGUCAAAUUGUGAGUUUUAUUUCUCUCUCUGAUGCUAAAGUUCAGGAUUUGUCUGCUCGUGUUAUACAGUACAAAAGCUUCUGUAAGUCAUGCGAGGCAUGCGGAACUAUUUUCAACACUUAAAUUAUUUAUGUCAAAAUAAACCUUAUUUAUUUUGUAUUAUUUAUAACUUUAUUUACUUUUUAAAUGUUCUUCCUAGAUUAUGCAUUGCAAUCUGCACUCUACGUUUUAAAGAGAUGUUCAAUAGUAUUCAAUUGCUUAAACGCUCCCAGCUUUGAAAUGAAGAUGUAUUUGUGUUUACUGUGAAAAUAAAGCUUAAGAUGCUUCCUCAAGAGGAACCGUUAAAACAUUCCAGCGCAAGAAACUCUUAUCAUAUCAGCGCAGCUUUGGUGGGAAGUUUGUUUGUCUUUUGAUAUCAGUUAUGUAACCUUUAAGACUUGGUAGUGUAAAAGCAGACUGUUCUCACAGAGCAAUAGCAAGUUAUUUCUCUCCACACCCAAAUAUGAGCAACCCUGCUGAAGGGUUGAAAUACUGUACGUGGGUGUGCUGAAUGUACAGUUUCUAUAAAGGCUUUCCAAAGAGAUCUCGACAAUAUAUUUAGAGCCAAAAAGAGCGCUUGUUAGACUUGCACUAACAAACUUGUGUGUUUUCCUACUCUGUGCAGUAGAUUCAAAGAGGGGAAAAUGUUUGAGAAGUAAACUGAAUACUCUGAACACUUCAUUAAAAUAGUGAUCCUUACUGCAUUGGUUCACUUUUGACUUAUUUGUUGACAUUUUGUUACUUUAUUUAUUGUGCUUUGCAACAGCUGUAAACUCGCCGGUGACUUAGGAACACGUAUGGAUCCUGUUCAACCCUCCUCUUCCUCCUCUUCCUCCUUCCUUCCCUGUCAGAAAUAACUCUUGUAAAUAGGAAUUUUCUGCCCGCCGGGUAUUAGUUGUGUGAAUUGUGCUGUAAUUCUGUAAUGCCAGAUUUGCUAAAAUGAGGAAUCAAUAAACAAAUUGUAAAGUCUG